CUUACGGUUAAUUUAUCAUUAAAGGAGGGAUUUAGAUAAUCACAUUUUCAUACUUUAUUUCAUUUUCCGAAGCUUAGAAAAUGAUUUUUUUAUUGAAUGACAGAACAAGUACGAAAUAAUUUGUAUUUUCCCCACACCAAGUACCAACUGCCAUAUUCCUUCAAGAGCAUUUAAUCUCCAGAAAUGAAUAUUUUUCAAGGGGUUUAAUUAGACAUGCCAGGCAAAUAAGACCUCCGAGGCAACCAGACAAAAGAGAACGUAGUUGAGAGAUCAAAGGAACUAAGACGAUGUUACGUCAUGUCACGCUCCGAUGCCCAUAUUUGUAAAUCACCAACUGAGAGAUGCUUGAAGGCACUGAAAAUAUUUCCGUUUGCAUCGGCCUUUCAGCAGAACAAAACCUUUUAUUUGGAAAUCUUUUGUCGGAAAUAGAAGGGUUACCUCAAACAACGCAGUCCAAUAUAUGAGGAUCGAGGGACUUAUUCAGGGACAGAAAAGCUCAUUACGUGACUCUUGAAAACUGAACUGUGGGCGCGCAAAUUCCAGCAGGUUUCAUUCGACAAGCUUACUCGUGAAAUCUCAAUAUGUUUGUGUACAUUUGCGUCUUGUGUUGUUAUAAGAAACGAUUGACAUGUUUACUCAAGAAGUGAUCAGCGACGUUAUAGUAAAUAACUUGCUUGCGGACUUGCAUGAUUUAAGUUAACUCGCCUAGGCCUGAUUGAAGAAGACUGUGAACAAUGGGCGAAAACACGGUGGCGGAUGGAAAUCUAUCAAACCAUCACAGAUUAACCGACGACUUGGAAGCCGAAGAACAGCCUCCUUCUUGCGGACUGGUGUCUUGGAGGCCAAGCUUUCUUCAACGUUUUGCCAAACCAAGGUGGUUUCUUCUGUUCCAGUGCUGGUUCGUGCUUGCGCAAGGCAUGAUCGUAUCUGGGUUUCAGGGGGUUGUUAUUUCUUCGCUUGAAAGACGUUUUUCGUUGAAGACUAACGAGCUUGGGGUUGUGGUGAGCUGCUAUGACAUUGCUGCUGCGAUCAUGGCUGUUUUAGUCAGCUACUACGGCCAUCAUCACAAACCAAAAUGGCUCGGUAUCGGCGCAUUUAUCUUAGGAAUUGGGUGCUUUUUAUUUGCCCUUCCACAUCUCCUUGUAGGCCCGUACGAGCCCGGUUCAAGUGCAACAAACCUUUGUUCCAUAGAUUCUCUUCCAACGAACUUAAUAUGCCGAAGUUCUGUUUGGUAUCAUAUAUUCGUUUUUGUACUGGCGGAGUUUUUUAUUGGGGUCGGAGCAACCCCUGUGUAUAUUUUGGGUACGGCUUACAUUGACGAAAAUGUUCGCCACUCUACAUCAGGAAUGUUUCUUGGAAUCAUGUAUGCUAUUGCCACGUUUGGACCCGCAGUAGGAUUUUUGCUUGGAGGGGAAUUUCUCAAGAUUUAUGUGGACAUUGAACAGCCCCAGGGCGUGGAACUCACACCAGAGGACUCGAACUUCAUUGGCGCCUGGUGGCUGGGUUAUGUGGUUGGUGGCACGUUAUCUGUGUUGGUCAGCCUUCCAUUGCUUGCAUUUCCCAGGGAACUUCCAGGAACUCCUGAAAUCCGCGCUGAGAAACAAGCCUGUUCAGACACUGUUGAGGACCACAAUAUGCCACACACAUUGAAACAGUUGCUUCCAUCAUUAAAGGCACUUCUCACAAACAAAACUUUUGUAUUUUUGUCUCUUGCUGCCGCAGCUGAAGGUUUUGCUGUUGGGGGAUUCUCGACGUUCAUGCCGAAAUUUGUGGAGGCACAGUUUCGUAUUCCAGCUGGACUGGCAAGUACAUAUACUGGCCUGGUAGUGGUGCCUGGAGGGUGUGGCGGCAUGUUGUUUGGUGGCUAUCUUAUUAAAAGAAUGAACUGGACAUGUGAUAAAAUAAUCAAAGCUUGUUUCAUCAUUGCCUCGUUGGCGACAUUAUGGACUGCUGGGUUUUUUCUUGGUUGCCCUAACAGAGCAUAUGUGGGUGUCACAGAUCCAUACAUUAACAGACUACUGUCGCCACAUCUUUUGUUUCAGCCCCAGGGCGUGGAACUCACACCAGAGGACUCGAACUUCAUUGGCGCCUGGUGGCUGGGUUAUGUGGUUGGUGGCACGUUAUCUGUGUUGGUCAGCCUUCCAUUGCUUGCAUUUCCCAGGGAACUUCCAGGAACUCCUGAAAUCCGCGCUGAGAAACAAGCCUGUUCAGACACUGUUGAGGACCACAAUAUGCCACACACAUUGAAACAGUUGCUUCCAUCAUUAAAGGCACUUCUCACAAACAAAACUUUUGUAUUUUUGUCUCUUGCUGCCGCAGCUGAAGGUUUUGCUGUUGGGGGAUUCUCGACGUUCAUGCCGAAAUUUGUGGAGGCACAGUUUCGUAUUCCAGCUGGACUGGCGAGUACAUAUACUGGCCUGGUAGUGGUGCCUGGAGGGUGUGGCGGCAUGUUGUUUGGUGGCUAUCUUAUUAAAAGAAUGAACUGGACAUGUGAUAAAAUAAUCAAAGCUUGUUUCAUCAUUGCCUCGUUGGCGACAUUAUGGACUGCUGGGUUUUUUCUUGGUUGCCCUAACAGAGCAUAUGUGGGUGUCACAGAUCCAUACAUUAACAGUUCUAGUUCAUCACUUGUCAACAUUACUUCAUCUUGUAAUGCCAUGUGUAACUGCGACGUCAAAUACUAUUCACCAGUUUGUUCCAAAGAAGAUCAGCUAACGUUCUACUCUCCCUGUUAUGCGGGUUGCUCUGCAGAUGAUGUACUGGGUGACAAACUUUAUCAAAACUGCAGCUGUUUUGCGACCCUAUCAAACGAAGGAGUUCAAGGUAGCGGCUGUGAACCAGAGUGUAAUGCUCUUAUUCCUUUCCUGAUCUGCUUGUUGUGUCUCAUGAUUUUUACAUUUUCUAACAACAUCCCUGCAACCACAGCAACACUAAGGUGUGUUCCCGAGAGUCAAGGGUCUUUUGCGCUUGGUAUUAACCAGCUGAUUGUUCGUAUUUUGGCGUUCAUACCGUCACCAAUCAUCUUUGGAUAUGUAAUUGACGCAGCGUGUCGCUUACACCAAAUGGAUCCUUGUGACGAGAGCGCAGAGAGGAAUUGUCUGGAAUAUGACACUGAUUUGUUCAGGUAUUUGAUGUUCGCAGUGGGAGGUGGUUUCAAGUUAUUAUCUGCUGUAGCAUUUUUCUUUGCUUGGAAAUUUUACAAACUGCCGGUAGCUGAGUCGAGUAAUGGUGACUCAAACCCAGAAACCACAUCCCAGACAACAAUCAUGGAUGGAAGCACUCCCAACGAACACAAGGAUAUGACAGAGCUUAUUCCAGUUGCGCAGUUUAUUAAAGUUUCCAAUUCGAAGGACAGUUACAAGGAAGAGCCGAAAGUAACCACUGAUUUGCUUCUCUCAUUGCGGCAGUAUGGCUUUUUUAUUCCACAGCUUUAUCAAAACUGCAGCUGUUUUGCGACCCUAUCAAACGAAGGAGUUCAAGGUAGCGGCUGUGAACCAGAGUGUAAUGCUCUUAUUCCUUUCCUGAUCUGCUUGUUGUGUCUCAUGAUUUUUACAUUUUCUAACAACAUCCCUGCAACCACAGCAACACUAAGGUGUGUUCCCGAGAGUCAAGGGUCUUUUGCGCUUGGUAUUAACCAGCUGAUUGUUCGUAUUUUGGCGUUCAUACCGUCACCAAUCAUCUUUGGAUAUGUAAUUGACGCAGCGUGUCGCUUACACCAAAUGGAUCCUUGUGACGAGAGCGCAGAGAGGAAUUGUCUGGAAUAUGACACUGAUUUGUUCAGGUAUUUGAUGUUCGCAGUGGGAGGUGGUUUCAAGUUAUUAUCUGCUGUAGCAUUUUUCUUUGCUUGGAAAUUUUACAAACUGCCGGUAGCUGAGUCGAGUAAUGGUGACUCAAACCCAGAAACCACAUCCCAGACAACAAUCAUGGAUGGAAGCACUCCCAACGAACACAAGGAUAUGACAGAGCUUAUUCCAGUUGCGCAGUUUAUUAAAGUUUCCAAUUCGAAGGACAGUUACAAGGAAGAGCCGAAAGUAACCACUGUAUAAAUAAUUAUGUUUACAUUUUUUCUUUUUCUUGAAAUGGUUUACAUUAUACAGUGGAACCCUGCCUUGUGACCACCUUAUCAUACAGCCACCUUCUUAUCAAUGCCACUGUAUCCUGGCCCGAACAAAAGUUCAGUCAGUCAUUUUCUUAUUUAAAGAACCCCUUUUAUCUGGCCAGUCCAUUAAUACAGCCAGAUUUUUGUGGCCUGUCGGUGACCAGUAUAAUGGGGUAAUCCACUGUAUUUAACAGUAACUAUUUUGGGGUUAUAAGUGGCUUAUUAUGUUAGCUAGGCAAAGUUUAGGGCUUAUGAUUUCAGUGGCAAGAACAUUUUAAGGCACACUUUGAUUUGUAUAUCAUUACACAAAUGUAUGCUGAUAUAAAGCACAGUCGCCAAUUCAGGGCUGUCAUUAAGGGCCGUAACCAGUAACACUUGUUACAGCUGAGUAUGCUUGAUUUUCCCUCGAUGUCAUGGGAGAAAUUACCUGUUGUUGAUAGAAUUUAUCCACAAAAUAACGAGUUUGCUACAGGUGUGGAGAACAAGGCUACAGGUGACUCAAAACUUAAUGACAGCUCUGACAGUGGUUAUUGAUUCAUUCCACGAGUCAUUUAGGCUAUUUUAGCCAUUGUGUUAAAUCAAUAAUUGAAGUCGUCCCUAAUUGUUAGGGACUACUUGUUUCCAACAGACUUAUUUAAUAGCAAAACAAUUAGUUAUUGUGCAUAUUGCAUUCAAAUGUGUGCACGUGGAUCUUUCUUUGUGAUAGGUCUGUAAUGUGUACUCAAGUAGCUAACCAUCUACCAUGCUUACAGCUGGCUGCUAUAGCUAAAUCUCUAAGUACCAUGCUUUUAUGUGGGAAGGUUUAGAUUGAAAAAGUACAGGUGGUUGACAGAAAAUUAUUUUGUUAUUCAAUCAAAUUCGAGAUUAUUUUUCUGAUAAAUUACUUUUUGAUGCAAUCAAUUUGAUUUAUUUGAAUGCUAAUAUUGUACACAAAAGUAGAAUGAUAUUUAUGCAUACACAGACACAAUGCCAGUAAUUGGUUGCAUAAUUAUAUUACUUUCAAUGACCCUUUUUUAUAACAGUUCAAUUCCGUAUAA